ACAUGUGACACAAUUGGGCUCUGAAAUCUCGCUCUAUUCUUUAUCGCGAGGCCGUGGCCCUUCCUUUUCCCUUUUCACUUCAAGUCCAAGAUGGGAGUUGACAUCAGGCAUAACAAGGACCGCAAGGUUCACAGGAAGGAGCCCCGGAGCCAGGAUAUCUACCUGAGGCUUCUGGUCAAGUUGUACAGAUUCCUGGCUCGUCGUACUGAUGCCCCCUUCAAUAAAGUCAUCCUGAGGAGACUCUUCAUGAGCAAGACCAACAGGCCUCCCCUCUCCCUGGCCCGUCUGAUCCGUAAAAUGAAGCUGCCUGGCCGCGAGGGUCUGACCGCCGUUGUUGCAGGAACCAUCACUGAUGAUGUCAGGAUCCAGGAAAUUCCCAAACUGAAGGUCUGCGCUCUGAAGGUGACUGACGGUGCUCGCCGCAGGAUCCUCAAGUCCGGUGGCACCAUCAUGACCUUUGACCAGCUGGCUUUGACUGCCCCCAAGGGUCAGGGAACCGUGCUGCUGUCUGGUCCUCGUAAGGGUAGAGAGGUGUACAGGCACUUCGGCAAGGCCCCAGGUACCCCUCACAGCCAUACCAAGCCGUACAUCCGCUCCAAAGGCAGGAAGUUCGAGCGUGCCCGUGGUCGCAGAGCCAGCCGUGGCUACAAGAACUAAAAUUCUUUUUUGUGUUCUCUACCGUAUGAUCCCAAUAAAGCGUUGGGUAAAAAAAAAAAAA